AUGAAAAAUUUAACUAAAAGCCUUACUUAAAAUUAGAAACAAUUCAAUGAAGAAAAUUGGUAUGAUAAUUAUCAAGAUGAGCAUGAAGCUAGAGGUAGUCAUAGGGCUUUUAUUAAGGCUCAUGUUGGUCAUACAAGCUAUGAAAAAAGAGAUUAAUUUAACAAUUAUUCAGAAUAUUUAUUGAGCGUUUUAGGAUUUGCUGCAGGGUUUGGUAGUGUUUGGCGUUUCCCUUAUUUAAUUUAUAAAAAUGGAGGAGGAGUUUUUUUGAUCCCUUAUUUUUUAAUCCUUGUAUUAGUAGGAAUUCCUUCUUUUUAUUUUGAAACAGCUAUUGGUUAAAUGUUUUAAAGAAGCCCUCCUUAGUGCUUUGAAAUUGCUAAUAGGAAGUGGAAAGGGUUAGGAGUGUUUGGGAUACUCUUAACAUUGAAUAUGUCAACUUACUAUAAUUUGAUACUAGCAUAUUCAAUCUACUAUCUUUGGGAGAGCUUUAAAUAUCCUUUGCCAUGGAAAAUUGAUGAUAUUUAUACUUCGCCUGAGCCUUGGAACACUGAAUAUUUUUAUAAAGAUGUUUUAAGAUCCUCAUCAGGGCUAGAAUCUAUAGGAUCUGUAGUCUGGCCUUUAUUUUUUUGCUAUGUUUUAUCAUAAUUUAUAGUGUACUUGUGUAUUUGUAAGGGAAUUACUGUUUCAGGUAAAGUUUCUGUGAUUACAGCCUCUUCUCCUUAUAUUCUUCUUUUCAUACUAAUGAUAAGAGGACUUUUUUUGGAUGGAGCAAUGAAUGGUCUUUCUUAUUUAUUUUCACCAGAUUGGUCGAAAUUAUAUGAGAGCUAAGUAUGGGUAGAUGCAGCCAACUAAGUUAUUUUUUAAGUAAGCACAGGAUGUGGAGUUUUGAUCGUUUUUGGAAGUUAUCGUCCUAUGAACCAAGAAAUAAUAAAAACCUCUUACUAUAUCCCUGUAAUAACUGUUUGUUGUGGACUAUUAGCUUCUGUAGUUAUCUUUACAUUCAUGGGUUACAUGUCGAAUGUUACCAAUAUUGAUAUAAAUGACAUGCCUUUAAAAGGACCCGAUCUUGCAUUUAUCGUUUUUCCAGCUGUUUUAGUCUAAAUGCCUUUUUCUAAUAUUUUAUCAAUAAUAUUUUUUAUGGUCAUGAUAUUCUUAGGGAUCGACACUUAAUUUGGAUAGAUUGAUGCUUUAGCUACAGCAAUAGAAGACGAGUUUCAUGGAAAAAAUAUAGAAUACAAAGGUUUUAGCAUUUAAAUGAAUUAUAUCAGAGCUGGUGUUUGUAUAAUUGUAUCUCUAUCAGCAUUUCUCUUUUGCUCCUAAGCUGGAUUUUUUUAUCUGGAUUUUGUUGAUAAUUAUAGUGUUAGCAUUAAUAUGUUUGUGUGCAUAAUUACAGAAAUUUACUUUUACUUUUACAUUUAAAACUGGGAAGAAGUUGAGGAAAAGAUUAAAAUAAAUAUUGGGUAAUAAACUCCCAAUUAUAUGAUAUUUUUAAUGAAAUAUAUUACACCACUGAUUUGCUUCAUUCUCAGCAUGAUUGCAAUCUAUUUAUAAAUAUUAGAUAUAUUUGAUUAAAAAUGGUGGGUAGCAAUAUUAGGAUGGACAAUCACCCUAUAUCCUUACUAUUCUAUUUAUCACUAUUACUCUAAGUAUAAAGACAUAUAUGAAACACCAAAAUCUUACCCUACUAAUUGCACAGAAUUAAACGAGCUCUAGAGUUGA